AUGGCUACUACCCAGAGUGUGCAAUGCUUCGGCAAGAAGAAGACAGCUACUGCUGUCGCCCACUGCAAGGCAGGAAAGGGUCUCAUCAAGGUUAACGGCCGUCCUCUGGCUCUCACCCAGCCAGAAAUCCUCAGAUUCAAGGUCUACGAACCCCUCCUCAUCGUCGGCCUUGACAAAUUCGCCGGCGUCGACAUCCGCGUCCGCGUCACCGGCGGUGGUCACACCUCCCAGAUCUACGCCAUCAGACAAGCCAUCGCCAAGUCGAUAGUCGCCUACUACCAGAAAUACGUCGACGAGCACUCGAAGAACCAGCUCAAGCAGGCCCUCGUCCAGUUCGACAGAACCCUCCUCGUCGCGGAUAACAGACGCGCUGAGCCCAAGAAGUUCGGCGGCCCUGGUGCUCGUGCUCGUUUCCAAAAGUCUUACCGUUAA